GGGUACACAAAAAUAACAGCGCUUAUUUUAAAAGGAAGAGAAAAAAAAAAUCUGAACCAGCUUUAUUUUUUCUUUAUGUCUUUACUCUCGGCGUUUGUAGCAACAUGCUACAUAUUUUCGGUCCUGUUUUUUGCAGCCGGAACAGUUUGUGCUUUUGAUUUGCCCAUUGUCAGACCAUUAUUUAACUCGAAGUUGCGAAAGUAUAUGAUUUACUGCGAGAUUCUGACUUCUGGAAUUACGGAAUCGAGUCAUCAUCUCAUUGUGCUCAAACUAGUUAUUAUCCAACUUGUCAAUUUUUUCGGUGGAUUCAACUAUGCCCUUUCUUGGAUCAUGUAUAUUGUCGAUAUUAUAACUAUGGGUGCUUUGGGCAUGCUCUUUUUUGAAAUGUUAAAUGAAAUCACGGUAGCUGAUACUGUUGUUAAGGCUAUUGACGCAUCAAGUCAACCUAUCAAAAGUAUUGUCUGUUUUGAAGAUUUUAAAAAAUUAAUCAAUCCAAUUUGGACACCUGAAAAUAUAAAGGUCCACCCAAACAUUACAUAUGCCAACAAUGAAGAAAUCAGAGACGCUUUGAACACUACCAACCAAGAUUUCGAUCAACCUCGUAAAAUGAUGUUGGAUGUUUAUACCUCCUCCAAACCAUCCAAAUCUGGUUUACAACCUGUGUUAGUUCAUAUUCAUGGUGGAGCCUGGGAAUUUGGAUCUAAAAACACAUUUUAUCCUCAUGAAAAAUUACUUGUUCAAGAGAACAAUUGGGUCAUUGUGAAUGUCGGAUAUCGUCUUGUGCCUAAAAAUGCAUACCCUACUCAUUUAAUGGAUAUCAAACGUGCUAUUCGUUGGAUGAAGCUGAAUAUUGCUUCCUUUGGAGGUGAUCCCAAUUUCAUUGUAUUAUCAGGUGACUCUGCCGGUGGACAUUUAGCCGCGAUGGCAUCUAUGACAACCAACGAACCUCAGUAUCAACCUGGGUUUGAAGAUGUAGAUACAUCUGUUCGUGGUGUAAUCACAUUGAGUGGUGCCUUAGAUGUCGUAACUAAAGCCCAUCAUGCAACUUUUUUCUCAAAGCACGUCGCUAAGCUUGACAAAGUCGAUACCGUAUUUUUAAAUCAACAUUCACCUUUGUCAUUGGUUGAGAAAGCAAGAGGCGAGAAUAAAUUGGUCCCUUUCUUGUUAAUAGCUGGUGAGCGCGACGGCUUAACAGAAUGUGAGAUGUCUAAAUCUUUCAAGGAAGCGUACAACCAAGCGACAGGAGGAUUAGGAUGUGAACUGUUUUUACUACCUGCUGGUCAUCAUGUUUAUUAUAUAACUUGGUCUCCUCGUUCACUUUACAUUUCCCGUGUUAUUCAAGCUUGGUGUACACAAUUGUAUAUUAAAAAUAAAUGAUUUCAUUUAUUUGAAUAAUACUUAUUAAAAAAAACA